CAGCGCGCCGCUGCGGUGCAGUGACGCGCGGCGAUUGGGUGAGCGCGGAGCUAAAGUGUGCAGUAGAGUAAAAAGACAAGAGGCGGACAACAACAGCUGCGACCGUAUGAAGCAAACUAAAGACACACUCGCACUUUUGAGGCUCACACGAUAAAGAUUCGGAUGUCAGGAUGGCUGCAAACUUCAAAAUUUCAGACAGUGAUUCAGAGGCAUCAGAGGAGGUAGGGGAAGGAGAAAACCAACAGUCAGCAGGACAAGCUCAAGAAAGCAAGCCCCAGACGCUUUCCCUUCCUGUAACCAAAACGACAGCUGCUGGAAGGCUCAGGGUGAACUCAGAGUCCCACACUUCCUCAAUUGCCAGGGAUGAGGAGCUCAUGGCUAGAGGGGAGGAUGAGGUCUGUACUCCCACAGAGGGAGACCCAUUCAGGCGAAGGUCAAAGUCAGCUCCCCCUGCUCUGUGGGCUGCCAAGAAGUACGGCAGGCAGCUUCGACGAAUGAGUGACGAGUUUGACAGCUUACUAGAUAAAGGGGAGAUGAAGGUCAAGAAGCUGCACCACUCUAAAACCUGGUGGAGCUAUCUCUUUAGUCACCAAGAGACUGAAGGAGAGAACAACCAUCUUGAAAACCACAACCAACGCACUGAGUAAGCACUGAGAGGACAAGGAUACAAGGUCCGGAGGAGCGGAUUGGGGAAACUGUAGCCGAGAGACAAUAUUUAAGAUCAGAACAAGACUGAAGAGGAUUUGGCUCGAUCAAAAAGAGUGGGACGUGCAGUAAAAAGCAAAAAAGUACAUGUUCAGUGAAUCCCAUCAUAGUCAUGCCAUUUUAUGUCAUUGUUAACUACCUUUAAAUAGAACUUUUGUACUCGUGUUGAGUGUGGUGUAAACAAUGUUAUUGGGAAGUCCACUGUGGAAUUGAAAGGCAGUGAUGAGGAGGAACUGCUGCCGGAAUCCUGCAAAACGGAUAAAAAGAUGGGCCGAGAGAGGGGCUAUAAUCUCUUCUAAACACACAAACAAAGCCUUGUUUAGUCGUAGAAGAGACGCUCGGUUUAAAGACGCUUAGCAUUACAGUUGUCUCUCACAUUGACAUUGCACGGUGUGCUGUGUAUGGAGAGAGGAAUAACACCUGACUACUGAAGGCCAAAUUGAAUGCUGUUAGAUUUUUUUUUUUCCUUCCUGCUUUCCUCAUUUUCAUGAGGAAAUCUCCAGAAGCUGUUCGUGUUUGACUUGCACGCUCAUAUUGUGCCAAAACGAUCUGCCAGCAACAGGAGACAGUACUUUUUUCUUUCUUUCUUUUUGGCAUUCGGUUUAGGCCUCUUCUUAAACAACUGUACUCAACUAUCAUCUGCUUUAUAUCACAAAUUUAUCCCAAAAAAAAAAAAGGAAAAAUCUUUUACAAGGACAAUCUCUGAUGCAGAAGUAAUAUCUUUUUUUGUAAAACUUCAGGGAUAAUAGCUGAGGGCGUUAAACAGUAAGGCACAAUCCAAUAUGAAUAUGUUUUUAAAGCCUUGGACGAGCAUAAACAAACAAUUGAAAUUUUUAUGUGUAAAUAUUUUAACAUUUUAUGAAAUGGUAAAGGGUGGGGAGGGGGUGAGUAAGAUGGUUUAGCCAGAUUUUAUUAACGAGGUUACCGUGCUGUUAAGCUCAGCUAACCCAGCAAUAGGCAGUGUACAAUCCAUGGCUGUUGUGAUAAAUGUUGCGUGCUGAGCUCUCGGUGCAUGGGUGAAUACAGAGUCCAGUCACAUUAAAAAUGAGGGAUUUCCACUUGCUUUUUGCUUGAAGGAUUUUCAGGAGAAAUCACAUCCUGAUGUUUUUUGUUGUUUAUUUUGUUUUUAAUCAGUUUAAAUGUGAGUUGAUCACUUUGACCUGUAAGGGGAUGUGAUUAAAAUGGGCUCAUAAACUCUCAUGCCUUAGCUUUAGAAGUGCUGAUCUGAUGCCAGCUUUGCUGGUGUUUUUUAGGCACAUAAGGCGCAUAAUAUAUAUGCUUUAUGGAAAUUCUAACUAAGGGCAAAGAUCAGCAUUUCUGUGCAGCUCGGUAAACAUGAGUGGGCUACUUGUGGCUUGUUUAUAAAUACGUGAUUGCUGAAAAUGAUAGUGGGUUUGUUCAAGUUGUCUUAUUCUUCCUUCCUCUCGACUUGUAGCGUUGAGUUGUGAAGUGCUCGGGUGUGCAGGCAUUUAUAUGGUUUUCAAAUUCAAAAAUAUAUAUAUGCGUAUAUAAAUAGAAUAUAUAGCUUGGUUUUUAAUCAGAGAAUUCCAGACAAUCAAACGGUGGCAACUUUACCUGACACUCAUCCUGUUCUACCAUCCUUUUGGUCACAUGUGUCUUGACUGGUCAUUUGUCAAAUUUAAACUACUUCCCAUUAUAAAAAAGGGAUGAGGAGUUUUCUGAUAUCAGAUUUCUAGAGACACGAGUGUUUAAGCAAGAAAUAGCAUUUUGCAUUUUAACACGUUAGACCCAUGUUAUCCAAUUGCAGGGAGUGCACACACAGUUUUGAGAACUCUGGGUCAGAUUAUAAAGCUUUACUCUGCUGAAAAUAAAGAUCAGAUGGAAUUUAAAUGAAUUUAAUGUUGCAAAGAACUGCCUUGAACAUGCUGUGACCUGUGACGCCGCAUAGCCAGCCUCGUCUGUUUACCCAAUUACAGCCUUAAACUUCACUGCUCGCUUUCACAAGUUACACUCAGAGGAAAAACAGAAAGCACAAAAAUGUCCCGGUGCAUUUACUGUCAUGAGAUUUUUAAGUGACACACGCGUACACUAUAAAAUGGCUGAUGUGGAGUUUGGCAACUCUUUUUGACUUUAAACAUCCGUGACAGUGAACACACCCCAAACCUGCCUGGGCACCUGGAUUUUUUGCAACCAUCCUUAGUAUUACUUGAAUCUGGAGAUGUGUGUGUGGAGAAAAUAAAAAUUUAAUAUUACUUUUUUUUUCUUAUUUUGGUUUCUUUUUCAGUUUUAAUGACUUGUAAAUGUAUUUUCUCUACAACUGUGAAAACUCUGGUCUAAAUAAAUAAUUUUAAGAGA